UGAAGUGCUAAAAAGGGAGCUGACAGAGCAGAGCAGGUGAUACCAACCAACGGAUACCGAGGAAGGAGGAUCUAGAGAGAGCUAAAACUCAGCCUCUGAGCACACACCCUCCUACACAAACACACACACACACACACACACACACACACACACCUGUAACCCCAGCACAUUGUUCAGACCAGUCCAGAGGAGGACUUCACUCUGGGCAGAGGCACAAUUGAACACCAAAAUCCCCACCUCUUCCCUGCUGGGAUCUCAGAAGUCAGUUGGCUUUGACUUCAGAAGAAAAUGAAAAUGCAUUUCUGACUGAGAGUGAAGUGAGUGCUGGGUCCUGCAGAGAUACAGAGGAGAUCAUCUGACAUCUUCUUCACUUACCAGAGUCCAAAGGAGGCUGGACAAAGGAGAGGGAAGGCUCGAUUCUGAAAAUGGAACACACUGCACAGGUUUGGCGCGUGCAGGAAACAGCUGGGGAGCUGCAGAAGAAGGUGUCGGUGAUGGGCCAGCCAGAGUGCUCCAUCUGCUACAACACUUAUGACAAUGUCUUUAAAACACCAAAGCUGCUGGAGUGCACCCACACCUUCUGCCUGGAGUGCCUCUCCCGCCUCAUGGUUGUCUCACAGGCCGACUACGACAGCAGCAGUGGCAGCAUGCGCCUCUCCUGCCCCUUCUGCCGCCACCCCACCAUUCUCUCCGAGGAGGGACCCCCGGCGUUGGCCACCAGCCGCGAGGUCCUGUGCAAACUUCCCCACCACCAGCAGCAAGAGGAGCCGGUGUGGCUGGAGGGCGAGAAGCUGUGCUACAAAAGCUCCAGGCACAGCACUGGUUUGGACGCUCCCGACAGUCCCACGGGCUUCUGCAUCUGCAUUGACAUUGGAACAACCAAGACAGUGGACGCACCAAUCCAGACACACUCAAACACAUAUAGCCUGCUGGGCCGGCUGGCAGAAUGGAAGAGGCUGGUGAUCUUCAUUGUGCUCAUUGUGCUGCUCAUUAUCAUCGUGUUGUGGCCUCUACAGUGUGCUUUCACCACAGGAAACAUGCGCUGUAGACGUGAAACCAUCAACCCCAUGAUGACUACAACCACCGCUACUUACAACCCUUCCCCCAGACUGCCUAGACCCACAGAGUAACUGGACUAUGUGUAUAAUAUUGUAUGACACUCAUAUUUUUAAUAUUUGGCUGCAUAACUAUACUUUUUAUUUUAUUUUAUAAAGGGCACUUGAUUAUUGCUACACACAGCAGUAAUAUCGUUUUACUGAUGCAAAAAUGUGCAAUUGUCUGUUUUUGAAAGUGGAAAUUCCAGCUUUCAAACACACAGUGUCCACUCAUAUGUGCUGUACUUGCAUCACCAUUGAGUUCACAGAGUUUCUGUUCCAUUUUUUAUAUACAGUCUAUGUAAACAACAUAGAUUAUAAACUUUCAUCAGAAGUUCAUAUGUUAAAGCCACUAUGUGGUUUAUUUUUUUAAUGAAAUGUCUGACUUGAUUGCC